UCUGAAAAUGAGCGGCAGAGGAAAAGGCGGGAAAGGUCUGGGCAAAGGAGGCGCCAAACGGCACCGGAAGGUCCUCCGGGACAACAUCCAGGGCAUCACCAAGCCCGCCAUCCGCCGCCUGGCCCGCCGCGGCGGAGUCAAGCGCAUCUCCGGCCUCAUCUACGAGGAGACCCGCGGCGUGCUCAAGGUCUUCCUGGAGAACGUCAUCCGGGACGCCGUCACCUACACCGAGCACGCCAAGAGGAAGACCGUCACCGCCAUGGACGUGGUCUACGCUCUCAAGAGGCAGGGACGCACUCUGUACGGCUUCGGAGGCUGAAGCUCCGUCCAGCGACCGCACCAAACAAAACAAAGGCCCUUUUCAGGGCCGCCCACCACCUCUUGAGAGCCCGGUCCCAGAAAAACCAGGUGUUACUCGAUGAACAUCACGUGAUCUGUGUGAGGACGGAGGACGCACCCCGCUCCUGGUGGUGGGAGCAGUUUGAUCAGGAUUCGACAGGGACAUUUUAUCAGUGAUGCAGUCACUGGACACCAUGACAUCUGGGGAGCCACCCAGCAGGCUGCUGUCAGAGAGGAACACUGCUUUUCCUGGAUCGUCACACCAGUGGGCUUCAUGUAAUCCUUUUCCGAAGUCACAAGCCUGGGGUCACAAAGAUGAUUUAUUGCACAAUGUGUAUGUGUGAUUACAAUUUGUUAUUACAGUUUUUCACAAUUGCUAAAACACGUUUCUUGAAACCUCCAUUUUCUCAAAACCUUAAACACAAAUCCAAAAAUCCACACUGCAUUCACAAAAACCUCAGACAUUUCUGUCAAAAUCGAAUUAUCGCCUCAAAACCAGUUCUCUUGUGAUCAAAACCACACUCUGCGUUCAGAUCUCACACACAGCAGGUAAAACAUGUUGACCUUGGAUCGUUCAUCAGACUCUACAUGAAAUCACUGAGGACACAGGAGCAGUCCUCACUCUGAAACCUGCUGGUUAUUUCACCAUUUUGAACAUUCCUGCAGCUUCUUCUCCUUCUUGCAUCUGGAGGCUUCUGGCAACAAACGCAGCAGAAAGCUGGAGUCCUGUGUUCUCACAGAAGAUGAUUGCAAUGGCUAAGAAGGAAAAGACGUAUGACAUCCCUCUUCUUAUACUUAUGUGUGGCUGUGGCUCAGUUGGCAGAGUGGUUGUCUCACAGUUGUGAGGUUGCUAGUUCAAAUCUUUUCCUCUCCCUGUCAGUGAACUGCCCUGAGCCCCAGCUGGCCUCCAGUGGAGGGUUUGACAGCCUGGCAGGGCAGAGGGCACGUGUUUCUGAAUUCUGAGGGAUUACAUUUUUACUGUAAAGUAAC